AAAGGUUCAUCCAAAAUGAGAAUAUUUGCUAUUUUAUGCAUUUCUCUUUGUCAGAGUGCGGCCUCAUUAGAUCGGGUUGGCAAAGGGUUCUACUAUAUUGGCAAUGAAGACAGCUCGUUAAAAUACUGUGACUGGUUUCAUUCGAGAAGUGACUGCUGGCAGCACAACAGCCAGCUGGUGUCUGUGGAAACGCUUGAGGAGCUAAAGGCACUCGAGGAGUAUGUUUCCUCCAAGGACUUUGCCGACGGCAGCACCUUUGCCACGUCUGGCCAUAGCUUCGAUGCCGACAUGCCCUACUCCUGGGAGGGCGUCAAACAGCCGCUGACCUUUACCCGCUGGAUGCCCGGCGAGGAGAAGCCCCUGUUCAAAUCCUACCUCAGUCUGGUGCUCUCCAACUCGUCAUUGUACAUGCGACAAACCUUCGGAUACGAUAACUAUUAUAUCUGCGAAUAUCAGACACCACUUUUGAGUAUUUGGCUAUCCCUGAACAAAGUGAACUUGGUAGUUCUGCUCUGUUUAAUACUCAUUCUGAUUUAUCUCUUGAUAUUUGGAAAAAGGCGUAAAACAGGAUCGAGCGCAAAAGCUGUUGACAAAGAAAAACUUAUAGUAGUAUAA